CAUAAAUGAUGAGAGGUUAAAUCAAGGAGGCAAAUAAAACAGAAACACAAACCCAGAGGAGAAAGGAAAAAAAAGGACAACAAAAGAGGGAGAGAGAGAGAAAGAAACAGGAAAGGGUGUGACUUUUUCAUUUACUUAUAAUAUCCAUUUAAUCAGGCUCAGCUUUCCCACUCUUUUUAAGGCAAGAACAUGAUAUAGUUCUGUAAGAUCUGCAAGUGGGAAAAUAUAACUUAAAGGAGGCUGCUGCAAUGGAUGUGGUUCAGUUGCAAAGGCAGUUGGUUGACUAUAGAACCUCACUCUAUCAUGAGGGGUUUCUGGAUGAGCAAUUUACCCAACUUCAAGAACUUCAAGAUGAAAAUAACCCACAUUUUGUGGUUGAAGUGGUGUCUCUUUUCUUUGAAGAUUCUGAAAGACAUCUCAAUGAACUGACUACAGCUCUAGAGCAGCAGAGUGUAGAUUUCAGAAGGGUGGAUGCUCAUGUUCACCAGCUCAAAGGAAGCAGCUCCAGCAUUGGUGCUCAGAGAGUUCAGCAAGUCUGCAUAGCCUUCCGCAACUACUGCGAGGAGCAGAAUGUUGAAGGGUGUCUUGAAUGUCUGCAACAAGUGAAGCAUGAGUAUUCCCUGGUGAAAACCAAGCUUGAAUCUAUGUUCCAGCUUGAACAACAGAUCUUGACUGCUGGAGGCUCAAUUCCUAUGUAAUAGUUGCUUCAAAGAGACCUAUAAUCAUCUGCAGAGAAAAACAAGGGAGCAAAAUGGGAUUUUGGCUAUGUAGAAAAGUUUUUUCUUGUCUUUGUUGCUUGUAUCAUAUCCAGUGUAUGAGCAAUGACAAAGAAUGUGAAUAAACCCUUCCAUCUGAUCUUUCCUCUCCAUUGCUGAAUGUUUAUUGAUCAUUCAAUUCUUGCACCAAUAGUUAUCAAAUCAAUUUAGGAACAACAUAUGGACAAAUGAAACAAAUCUUAUCAGGACUAACCCUCCAUCCUUUGGAACAAACUUCGACUUUUGAAAUCGGAUAUACAUAAAUUAAAGAUACCAGAGUUGCUGUUGAGGUCUAAUGAGACAAAACAAUUCCUAUACCUGAAAACGGCGAUUUGCCAAACUAUUGGACAGUCAUUAUCCAUUCAAAUGAAUUACAUCUUCAACUGAGACCAGACCUCGCCAAAUCUUGACUUAGCUCCCAAGACUAUCAGUUUCUUGUGUUGUAUGUUGGCAUGUCUCCGGCCGAAGCGCAAGCAUGUAAGAUAAGCUGGAGCACCAAAAUGACAGAACAUUGUCUCAACUCAUAGAAACAAGAACGAGUUCUUCCUGUUUCAAUUCCGACCUAAUCCAACAGUAACCGCUCAGCUCAUUUCUCUCUGACCUUUUAAAGCAUGGUUCAGAACAUGUCAAUUGGAUCGGUCAUUUUAGCAAAACAAGACUGCUAGAGAUGGUAGUGUGGCACAUCGGAGAGGGUGAGUCAUUAUUAUUUCAUCCAGCAGUUUGGUAUAGGAGAUUAUUUAUCUAAACAUCCAGAACAACAAUCCAUAGUAGGUAAAAGAAGCAGUCUACUGGUGCAACAGUUAUCUUGACAGGCUAAAUGGAUACACAUGCAACAAUUAGGUCAAUAAGC